AGCGGCUCGAUCGGAAUCUCGUGUGGGACGACUCCAUCUCCAUGCCUUCCGCGCCCUCCGCGGCGGCCCGACGGUUCGGGCGGGGUCGCCCGCCGGAGAUUUUGCAGACGCUCGUCUCGCUGGGGCCUCACCCGUCGCAAGGGCUGGUCUUUGAUGCUUGCAAGCCGUGCUUGAGGUUUUGGCGCGGCAACCCUAGAGCGGUCACCACCGUUUUAACCGGCUUGGCCAAGCGCGCGUUAUGGGAUGUCUCUGUGAAAGUGAUGCGCUUCCUCCUGGAGUACGAGGUCAGCAUGAAUCACUUCCACGUCACCAGUGUUUUGAGCGCCUGUGAGAAGCGCGGCAAGUGGGACUUGGCUCUGCAGCUGCUCGAAGACACCCAGCGGCACCUGGUGCCAGCAUCAGAAGUCACCUACAACGUCGCCAUGAGUGCGUGCGGAAAAGGUUCUCAAGCGGACCAGGCGCUGGAGCUCCUCCAAACGAUGAAGCUGGAACAGUUGACACCAGAUGAUGUCAGCUACAGUACUGCGAUCAGCGCCUGUUCAUUUGGCGGGCGUUGGGAAAUGGUCUUGACACUGUUGGAUGAGAUGCUGGUGAAGGAUCUCCCCACCAGCAGUUUGACCUAUGGAAGUGUCCUGACCGCCUGCGGCAACGCGAAGCAGUGGCAAAGAGCUUUGGCCAUUUUCAGGAAGAUGGGCGACCGUGUGGAGCAGGUGUGCUACAGCGCCUUAAUCAGCUCCUGCGAGAAAGCCUCGCGUUGGGACAUGGCCAUGCAGAUGCUCGAGGAGAUGUGCGACCUGGCCAUCGAGAUGGACGAGGUUCCCUUGAACAGUGCCAUCAGCGCUUGCACCACGAGUUCUCGCUGGCAGCAAGCCUUGCAGCUGACGCUCCAAAUGGAGGAUUCCCAUGCACCCAACGGCAUCAUUUGGGGCACGGUGGCCGCCGCUUUGCCCGAUCCCUCGAGCCGCGCGCGCUUGGGCCAGUGGCUGCUGCACCACUGGCGGCCAUCGCGGGUGGAGCAGGUCCAAGUGAAGAUGAAGGACUUUAAGGCCGACGACAAUGGGCUGCGAGUGGUGCGUCCACUGGGUGCGGGGCUCUUGGCCUUCUUCAAGCCCAGUGGUGUCAGCACUGAGGCGGUCAAACCAGUGGUGUGCCCAACGGGAAAGCUGGUUCUCGGGCAUUCGACGAGCUGCGACUUGCCCCAGUAGUUCAGCCAUGUGGUUUUGUCCCUGGCCAGCCGAUGAAGUAGUGCGCCAAACAAAUUGACAGGCCUGGUGGUGAGCCCCUUACUCGUGGAAGGCGGUGAGCAUGUGAAGGUGCACUGGUCGCCGAGCGGCAAGGAGGCCCGCGACUCUUCCGAAGCUCAGGACUUGCUUCCAGUGCCUGAAGACCUGCUUGGAGACCAGGUCGUCCCUUCCGACCCCAAACAUCCUCUGUCGCUGCUGCUGGUGAAGCCCCUCACAGGCCGAACCCAUCAGAUUCGAGCACAUUUGGCUGGCUUGGGCCGUCCUGUCGUGGGAGAUGAGCUGUAUGGUGGCCUCCUGCCGAAAUGGUGCCCUCGCUUGUUCCUCCAUUGCUAUCGCCUCUCGCUGCGGGACCUCAACGGCGAUGUCUUCCAGCCGAAGGCGUCCUUACCCCAGGAGCUGAACCGAACCUUGGAAGUGCUGCGAGGAAUCAAAAA